UUACUUUAUAAAUACGUACCCAUCUUUGAGACCACCUUGCUUCAAUUUUCUGCAUUUCUUCCUGUCUGGAUUUGAGGUAAAAGAAGAGAGAAAAACAAAUUCAGAAACCACUUCUUCUGUCCUUAAUUUCCAUCCUCGCCGCCUCCUUUGUUUCCUCACCAGCUAGAUAUAUAACAUGGCGUACCCAAAUGAUCAAUUGAUGUCAGUCGACUCUCCCCAGAGAAAAAUGGGAAGGGGAAAGAUAGAAAUCAAGCGGAUCGAAAACACGACUAAUCGUCAAGUUACCUUCUGCAAGAGGCGCAACGGCUUGCUCAAAAAGGCCUAUGAAUUGUCUGUUCUCUGCGAUGCCGAAGUUGCCCUCAUAGUCUUCUCUAGCCGCGGCCGCCUUUACGAGUAUGCUAACAACAGUGUCAAAUCAACAAUUGAGAAGUACAAGAAAGCAUGCACAGAUUCUUCCAAUACUGGGUCUGUUUCUGAAGCUAAUGCUCAGUUCUACCAGCGAGAGGCUGCUACCCUGCGACAGCAAAUUAAUAGUGUGCAGGAUUCAAACAGGAAAAUAUUGGGUGAGUCUUUGAGCAGAAUGAAUGUCAAAGAUCUCAAGAGCUUGGAGACCAAAUUAGAGAAGGCAAUUAGCAGAAUUCGGUCCAAAAAGAAUGAGCUCUUGUUCGCAGAAAUCGAGUAUAUGCAAAAAAGGGAAGUUGACUUGCAUAAUAAUAACCAGCUUCUCCGUGCCAAGAUAGCCGAGAAUGAGAGAAGCCAGCAAAACUUGAAUGGGAUGCCAGCAGGAGUGGGAAACUACGAGCUCUUGCACCCUCAGCCAUUUGAUUCUCGCGACUAUUUUCAAGUAGACGCAUUGCAACCCAAUCAAGUACAGUACCCACGCGGCCAAGACCAUAUGGCGCUUCAAUUGGUUUAAUCAUAUGCUUGAGAGACUGGUAAGAACUGCUAGCUGCUGCUUUUAUUUUCCAUGGAAGUGUAUCAAAUAUGUACUGAAUCAUGUGACACCAAAUCAAACCUAUGCAUCGAUAUAUAUGUUGUCAGGCACCAAACUGAUCGAGGUUGCCAUGUGGCAAAGUAGUGGCAUUGUAGACAGUCAUAAUGCUCCUGUAUUUGCUAUUAGAGAUGGAUAUCAUAUCUUUUCUCAA